AUGCUAGACUCCUUGGUCCGUGUUUCAAGACGGGUCCUGCGAGUGCCCGAAACUGAAUCAUCGCAGACAGAGACGCGCACAGUCCGAGACAGCACGGCUGCGACGACAGGCGCGCCGCACCAAAGUCCGCACAUAGGCAGGACCUCGAUGACGACGUACGCCUUGCGUCGGGCCGGACGCGCCGAAGACGCGUGCGCGAUUCAUAAUAUAUACCGUCCGACGGCCGGUCGGCGUCCGUCACGGUCCAGUCGCCAACCCCCGAAGGGGGACAGCUGGGCUCCCGAACGGCGCUUAGACCGACAUCGAACGGGUCGCGAUGCAUUACUAAGAGAGAAGUGCACGCCGUCCCCGGACGUCGACGGACGCACGCCGUGCGACACGACCCGAGGGCCGAUCACAUCGAGCGAGACGCACGUACGCCGAGGAAUGACGAUGAAUCUCUCCGUUCCCUUAGAUGGAGUUUACCACCCACUUAGGGCUGCACUCUCAAGCAACCCGACUCUGAGGAGAGUCCCUCUCGCCGCCGCCCUCCGUCGCUACGGGCCUGGCACCCUCUACGGGAAAACGGCCCCGUUCAAGACGAACUUGGACGGGAGACGCGACGACGAGAAAGCGGAACCUCCCGAACACCACAUCUCCCGCGGCCGUGACAACCGCGGGAUUCAGUGCUGGGCUAUCUUCCUGCCAACGAUAAAAUUAGAGGCAGACACGAUAUCCGUCAGCGCAACGACGACGACACCGCCCACCGGCGCCCACCCCAGUGCGGGGCGUGCGCGCGGCAGAGGCGACGACGUCGAAGCGCCUCUUCGGACGUCGAGUCCGCCUACGGCGACGAACGCGUGUGACCGGUGGUGUGCGUGCAUUAAUAGUGAAGCGAUCGAUCGAAAGAAACCAUAUCCGAGCGACGCGCUCUCUGGCAGAGUUUUCAAGUCUACAAAGAGUCGCGCUUUUGCACACACAGAAUGUUUCUUUCUGGAGAACAGCGACACAAACACGCACACACGCACACGUGCUCACGUGUAUACGUGUUCUGCGUAUGUAGCACGAAGGAGUUUCAACGGGUUGCCCGGGCCUCUAGGCCAGGGAGAACAUGCUGAUUCCUUCAGUGUAGCGCGCGUGCGGCCCAGGACAUCUAAGGGCAUCACAGACCUGUUAUUGCUCAAUCUCGUGCGGCUCGAAGCCGCCGGUCCCUCUAAGAAGAAUUUUAAUACGUCGCCAGGCCGAGUCUCAACAGAUCGCAGCACGACGCUGCUCUACCGAGCACAACACCCCGCCAGGAACGGAAGUCGUCUACAGACUAUUCCGAGCCCCGACAUCGAACUGAGAUGUACCGCCCCAGUCAAACUCCCCGCCUGGCAGUGUCCUCGAACCGGAUCACGCGGGAGUUUAACGGUGACGAGCGUUGCCGCCACGUCACCACUCUACACGCUUGGAACGAAACACCGUGCGCCCGCCGAUAUUAUCGACCGCGCACCGCUUCCGCCCAACCGAAACCGCGCCGAUCGCGCACGAGACGAAACCGACACGGCCUUACGGCUAGGAAGAUCCGCGGAAGGCCGGAACGCGGGUCCGGAUUCCGCCCCCCGUGAAGAGGGCAUCGACCAGGCCCGGCACCGGCCGCAUCCGCUUCCCGUCCAAACCCGACACGCCCCGGUCCUCAGAGCCAAUCCUUAUUCCGAAGUUACGGAUCCAAUUUGCCGACUUCCCUUACCUACAUUAUUCUAUCGACUAGAGGCUCUUCACCUUGGAGACCUGCUGCGGAUAUGGGAUCGACUGACUCGCGAGCAACUACUGUUCACGCGAAACCCUUCUCCACGUCAGUCCUCCAGGGCCUCGCUGGAGUAUUUGCUACUACCACCAAGAUCUGCACCGACGGAGGCUCCAAGCGGGCUCACGCCCAGACCCUUCUGCGCUCUCCGCCGCGCACGUCCUACUCGUUACAGCAUAAUGACAUCGCGUAAACGACGUCUCACAUGCCCGUAA